AGAAGAUUUCUUCACGCGCUGUAUUUCUUAUGAACAUACCACAGCGUGCUGCCAAAGUCUUGUUUGAAAGGAGAAGUAAGGUAGUUUCUUUCAUUUCCUGUCUUUCCACCGCUGUACCAAACCGCCAGCCAUUACCGUUUCCUGUCAACGGCGCAACGUCCUAUCUGAGGUUCAGCAUCUGUAGUUAGAACAGUCUUCAGUUCAUCACCUUUUUUUGGGCUUCAUUUCUUAUGAUAGGCGUUAUUCUGCAGGACAGAGGAGCAUGCAGCAAGUUUUCAUUCUUGUGAUGUUAGCUGGAGUAACGCAUGCUUUCUUCCCAGCUGCUGAGACUAAAUGCAAUGCCACCCAGAACACAUCUCAGUGCUCUGCUACUCUCGGAGGAGCUGUGUACAUCCAGCUGAUGACCAGUGCCAGCGGCCAUCAGCUGCGAUGCAAGAAAGAGCUUUCCACUGGACCCGUAAUCGUGUUCUCCCUGAAGAGAGAAACUGUGACGGUGCCGGAGCCAUUUAGAAACAGGACACAGUUUUUCAUCCACAACGGGACUAUGAAGAUCACAAACGUGGAGGUAAACGAUACAGGUGCAUACAGCGUCGAGAUCUUUACUCAAGACGGGGUCCUCGUGAGAAACGUUAAAUUUACACUGGAUGUUGAAGAAAGCAUUCUGGCCAACUUGAUCAUAAUCUGCUCUGCAGCGGGUGGCUUACUGAUACUGAUACUGGUGGUCAUAUGUUGCUGUGUAUGUCGGAAAGUGAGGCGACGAAAGAAGUCAGGCUCAAAGAAAAAGUCUGAACGCCACAGUACUGGACUUUAUUGAACUCAACUGAGGACCAUCAUUACCAAUAGACAACCAGCAACUCCAAGAACCAACAGCAACCAGGACUUUUAAGACAAGUUGGAAACAGAAGUUGUCUUUUUGUAUCUUGCAAUAGUGUUGAAAAAGACUUGUGGUAUUCCCUUUAUGUUCAUUUAAUUUUUGUACAGCAGCAGCAGAUAAAGUGGUGUUAAACUUUGUAGUUUUGAUCUGCUCUUUGUUAAAAAUAUUUACAUAACGGGAGGAUUUGCUGUAAAUUAAAUUUUGCAGUCUGAUGGACAGGGCUAUAUGUAAUUAAGUUGCAUUACUAUUAUUGUUAAUAAUCAUCAGAAAACAUAAUUUAGUCAUUUGUCUAGUGUUAGGGCUUGUGCAGAACAUCAUAUAAAACAAAUACUUUAAAGACUACCAGGAUUUAGAUGGCAAAAGUAGUUUGCUUGUAUAUCUAAGCUGGUUAUUAGUUGAUGCUGAAGCUUAUUAAUCAUGUUGUGUUAUGACAACAUCUUCAAGCUGUGUUUGGGUUUCACUCGCAUGAUGUCCUGGGUAUGUUAAACUUCAUAGUACAGGUUAAGUAACAUGUUUAUAUUCACUUUUAAAUGUAACUUUCUGUUUAGUUUUCAGCCUGGAAACAAGAGACAUUUGUGUUUCACACUGUAGCUGUUCUUAUCAUGUGCAUAUGUACACAUUUUGCAGUGUUUUAACAACACAACAGCCAGGAAUAAUAGAAUAAAAGAGAGGUCUUUGUGUGAGAAA